GUUCUCAGGAUACCCUCAAUGAGCCGGCGAAGAAGGGGAAGCGGCAGCGGACGGUUUUGACACCAGAGAAUCCCCCAGAGCCGCCUGCACCCAAGAAGAAGCGCAAGAAGAACGCCCCGAAUCAAGUAAACGGAGUGACCCAUGAACACCCCAGCAUCAGAGAAGAGACAGAAGAAUGUGUCCUGCAGUCACCUCCAGAGCCAGACGCCUCACAGGAGAGCAGCUCCACCACCGGGACACGGCUGAGGCGGAGGAGGCGCAGCUGUCUGCUCAGGCUCGGCCUCAGUGUGUUACCCCUCCGGGGGGCAUUAAUGUUGAGGAGGAGGAGACUGAUCCGGGAGCAGAGGAAGAUCAGCAGUAAAGCAGAUCCGAUGAUGAGUGCGGACAUAGUCACCUCCACCCCGGUGUGCCCCUCCCCCCCACACCAGGAUUUCAUCACUUUCCAGAAGUCAGAGGUUCCCAAACCCCUGUAUGUAAAAGGCGCGAAGAGCAGAGGCCGCCCGAUCAGCGCAAAGGUGAAGUGUAAAUCCAAGAAAGUGACAUUCAGCCUGAACAAGAACAUGACAGCAGAGUUCAAACGGACGGAUCGCAGUCUCCUCGUCAGUCCGACUGGUUCUUCCCGUGUUCCCUUCAAUCCCAGCCAGAGGCCCCAGCAUGGCGUCCUCAAGACCCCAACUCCGCCCCGCAGCCUUGCUCGAAGAGCUAGAGCGGUAGACUUCUUCUGAGUGCAUGGGCUGUGGCUGGGCCCCCCGCUCGCACACUGACUGUGGCUGGGGCCCCCGCUCGCACACUGACUGUGGCUGGACCCCCACACAAUGGACAAUUAUAUUGCCUCUUCUGUGUCGGCUGCAAUAAAUAUUUUUACUGAAGGA